AUGCAUGCCUAUGCAACAGUUACUCAAGCUGGUCUAGACAACCCCAGAACCAGCGCGGAGAAGAUCGACGAGACAUUAAAGCAGUAUCUUCUCUACAGUCGGCCGGUUUACAUCGAGGUUCCUGUUGACAUGGUUGUCAAGCCUGUCUCACGCCUCAGACCGGAAUCACCCAGCGUUACUUCUGAGGGCGAGAAAGAUGAAGCUUCUGACGCAGUCUUCCGACUUGUACUACAGAAAACAGUCCUCUUCAUCGGUGAAGGCAGCUUCCAGAUGACUGUUCAAGAAAUCACUAGCAUUGUUCGCCACAGUCUCGACGUAACCAUCUUCGUCAUCAACAACGACGGGUGCCCGAUCGAUAGGUCUACUCACGGACGUUUAUUUGGCGCCAAGGAGGUUAUUUAUACUAGGUCUGCAAAGACAUGGCGAGAUUUGAAGCAUGUGCUAGAGGACGAGGGAUUGUUGAGGGGUAAGGAACUCAGGAUGGUUGAGAUUUUCUUGGGUCGUGAAGAUUUCCCCAAGGGUCCUUUACUUCACUACCUCGAGGCUCAAAGGCAGGCGGAGUAG